CAGCAUAACCAGUUCUGAGACAAAUGUUACAGUCGUUGUGGGACGCGACGCAUACCUUACUUGCAACGUGGAAAACUUACAAAACUACAUGGUGGCGUGGUUGCGAGUUGACACCCAGACAAUACUGACUGUGGGUCAGUUGGUAGUAACAAAAAACCCGCGGGUGGGAGUACUGAGUGAUCCUCACUCCUGCACACUAGCGUUACGAGACACAAGCCCUAGUGAUGCCGGACGAUACAUGUGCCAGCUCAACACUGAUCCCAUGAUCGUGCAAAUACAUCACCUUCAAGUUUAUGUUCCGCCAGAGAUUGUGGAUUCCAGCAAUGGUGAAGUGAUUGUGGCCGAGGGUGGCAGUGUAGCCCUGCACUGCGCGGCAUCGGGCAAUCCACAACCAAACAUCACUUGGAAAACGGAGGAAUUUAAACCUCUAACUAUUGCUGGCGAAAGUGUAUUGAAAUGGGAAGGCGAAUGGCUGAACAUUUCAGUGGCUCAACGGGAUAUGAACUGCGUGCUCCUCUGUAUUGCCAGCAACGGAAUACCGCCAAGCGUCAGCAAAAGAAUACAUCUAUUCGUCUUGAGUAGGCCAAGAGUAAAGGCGGUACAGCAACAGGUCGGAGCACACAUCUACAGUGCUACGACACUGCGGUUUUAUAUUGAAGCUUACCCUCCUCCAGUGAUACACUGGAACGAUAUGCGCGGGAAUCGCCUGAUGAAUGGAUUAAAGUACGAGACAAAGACGAUCUCACGUGGCUAUGUACACGUAAGCAGUCUCACAGUUAACAACGUGUCAAGAGAAGACGCGGGGCUCUAUCAAUGUCUAGCAGAGAACUCGCUUGGAGCUGACAAUUCCACUGUCACUCUUUACACGCUGGCCACAUCGAUUGAAAUCAGCACUUCGUCUGUUCGAACUGUGACGUCAUCGGACCCAGUUACGAAUGCGGCAAACUUUACUACCCCAGAAUUCACCGCAACAGAGGUAGAACACCUAACUUCGAUUCUGCCUUCAAAAGUUAGCCAUCAUCAGAUGCAGAACCCAGACUUGACAACUGUUUCGUGACUAGACACGAACCCGCACACAUCGGCGGCGAUGUCUACAAAAAGGCAGCACACUAUGCUUUUACUUUACUUAGUUUAUUUAGGCAUUUAAAAAACCGACUAGAACCAGUUCAUAGGUAUGUCGUUUCUUAUAUUAUUAUUGUUUUAUAGACCGACAGGGAUAUCUGACCCGGUGGGCAUAAGUCAAACUAAAUUGGCUGCUCACUAGCGCCCUCCUAUCGACGUCAAAUAUUACAAGAUCCUCUUGGUAUCAGUCUCUUUGUGCUGUCGUGUAUUUUUUUUUAAUUUUGUGCGUCUAAGAAGGGUUUAUAUAUAUUCUGACAGAACCAAUCAAAGAGUAUGUAACAACUGCGUAGGAACCAACUACGAUAGUAGCGCCUCUCAUCGGCUUAAAUAUACUUGUUUGAGUAUAUGUUAAAUAUGAAAAAAGACGUAAGUAAGAAAGGAGUCGUUAUUGAGAUGUUUUUUGCCA